UAAAGAUAGACACAGAGAACACAGAUCUUGAGCUGGGGUUUAAAUUCAGUCUCUCUCAGGCUUCUAGCUUGAGAACUUUCCUUUUUGCCUCAUCAAGGACUUUAUUCCUUCAGACAAUAAAAGAACUCUUAGUGUAUUGGAAUUAUUGGAGUAUCGGAAGACCAUGGUGCGUGCAGCAGGAAUGAUUGAAGACUGUGGGAAAAGGGGAACUACCAUGGCAGAAAGGAGGCAGCUGUUUGCAGAAAUGCGGGCUCAAGAUCUGGAUCGCAUCCGUUUAUCCACCUACAGAACAGCAUGCAAGCUUAGAUUUGUACAGAAGAAAUGUAACUUGCACCUAGUGGACAUUUGGAAUGUAAUAGAAGCACUGCGGGAAAAUUCACUGAACAACUUGGAUCCAAACAUAGAGUUGAACGUAGCUCGGCUGGAAGCUGUGCUAUCCACAGUUUUUUACCAACUCAACAAACGCAUGCCAACAACCCACCAGAUCAACGUAGAACAAUCCAUCAGUUUACUACUCAACUUCUUGCUGGCAGCUUUUGAUCCAGAAGGACAUGGAAAAAUUUCCGUGUUUGCUGUCAAAAUGGCUUUGGCAACACUUUGUGGGGGAAAGAUCAUGGACAAAUUAAGAUAUAUUUUCUCCAUGAUUUCAGACUCCAGUGGUGUAAUGGUUUAUGGGAGAUAUGACAUGUUUCUACGAGAAGUUCUUAAGCUUCCCACUGCAGUCUUCGAAGGUCCUUCUUUUGGCUACACAGAGCAAUCAGCAAAAUCCUGUUUUUCUCAACAGAAAAAAGUCACAUUGAAUGCUUUCUUGGACACACUUAUGUCUGAUCCUCCACCACAGUGUCUGGUCUGGUUACCACUUCUGCAUCGGUUGGCAAAUGUUGAGAAUGUCUUCCACCCUGUUGAGUGUUCCUACUGCCACAGCGAGAGCAUGAUGGGAUUUCGCUAUCGAUGCCAGCAGUGUCACAAUUACCAGCUCUGUCAGGAUUGCUUCUGGAGGGGACAUGCCAGUGGUUCCCAUAGCAACCAGCACCAAAUGAAAGAAUACACGUCAUGGAAAUCACCUGCUAAGAAGUUAACGAAUGCACUUAGCAAGUCUUUAAGCUGUGCUUCCAGCCGUGAGCCUUUGCACCCAAUGUUUCCAGACCAGCCUGAAAAACCUCUAAACUUGGCUCAUAUUGUGCCUCCCAGACCAGUGACCAGCAUGAAUGAUACACUGUUCUCCCACUCUGUUCCCUCAGGAAGCCCUUUUGCAAACAGAAGCUCUCCUUACAAGAAUAAUGAAGUAGAGCAGAACAAAUUGCUGGCUAGGGCUGCUCCAGCUUUUUUGAAAGGCAAAGGGUUACAGUAUAGCCUCGAUGUUGCAGACAGGCUGGCUGAUGAACAUGUUCUCAUUGGGUUGUAUGUCAACAUGCUCCAGAACAACCCCUCACGUUUGAUGGACAGUCCAAACCGUCUAGAUGAAGAGCACAGACUGAUUGCCAGGUAUGCCGCAAGAUUGGCAGCAGAGACUACUUCAUCACAGCAGCAGCAACAGCAACAACAACAGCAACAGCAGCAGCAAAGAGGUGCUCCAGACAUUUCAUUCUCUAUUGAUGCAAAUAAGCAGCAAAGACAACUUAUUGCAGAACUUGAAAAUAAAAACAGAGAAAUCUUACAAGAGAUUCACAGGCUGCGACUUGAACAUGAGCAGGCAUCUCAGCCCACUCCGGAGAAGGCAGCUCAGAACCCUACUCUCCUGGCAGAACUCCGGCUCCUCAGGCAAAGGAAGGAUGAGCUGGAACAGAGGAUGUCUGCUCUUCAGGAAAGCCGGAGAGAGCUCAUGGUUCAGUUAGAAGGCCUCAUGAAAUUGCUCAAGGAAGAAGAACAGAAGCAGGGAACCCAAGGGGCAGGCUCCCCUCGUUCUUCUCCCAGCCACACUAUCAGUCGGCCUAUUCCUAUGCCCAUCAGAUCUGCAUCUGCUUCCUCUACUCCAGCCCAUACACCUCAGGACUCUCUGACAGGCGUGGGAGGAGAUGUGCAGGAAGCUUUUGCACAAGGCACAAGAAGAAAUUUAAGAAAUGACUUACUGGUAGCAGCAGAUUCUAUUACCAAUACUAUGUCUUCACUGGUGAAAGAACUAAACUCAGAAGUUGGAAGUGAGACGGAGAGUAAUGUGGACUCUGAGUUUGGUCGGACUCAUUUUGAUGACCUUGUUCCAUCACCAACUUCUGAAAAGGCAUUCCUUGCGCAGAUCCAUGCCCGGAAGCCAGGCUACCUUCACAGUGCAGCUGCCACUGGGACCAUUCGCAGUGAUAUGGUUACAGAAGAUGGAGACCCCUAUGUCAGAGCAGAUGAUGAGAACUAUGAAAAUGAUUCUGUACGCCAGCUGGAGAAUGAGCUCAAGAUGGAGGAGUAUUUGAAACAAAAGCUGCAGGAUGAAGCUUAUCAGGUUAGCUUGCAAGGAUGAGUACCCCAUCCUUGUAUCACUCUCCUCUGAAGCAAGCUGCAGUCAAAUAGACAAUGAAAGCUACAUAAGAACUGACAAAGAGGAGAGUUGAACUCCACCUGAUGGCAGAAAGAGAGUGCCUGCCAACUUCACAGAAGAAGCGCAACAACAAGUGCAGCACCUCUGACAUAAGAUCAACCAACCCAUUUUGAAGACUGUAGCACAUUACUUUUGUUCUACAAGUUGUAGUUUGUAGGUGUUUGUUUUGAAGAAAAUAAGACAUUUUAUUUAAAGCUAACUUACAGCAGCGACAUCUUAUGUAACAUGGCUCAUUACUGGUGAAGAACACAGGCUGACAAAAAGAAAGAUUGCUGUUACAAUUAACAGCAGUAUUAACAAAAUACUCAAGCCCUUUGCACAUAACGUUGAACAUGUUCAGUUUACAAUGACAAUAUUAAUGAUGUUUAUAGUAGUUUGAUUUCUGAAUAGUUUGAAAAUUUAGAACACUUUCCUAUACACUGUACAUUGUUUUUCCACAGAGGAAAUUUUAAAAGCUAAAUGACGCAUUUAACACUUGAUGAAUAUACUCCUGAGUGUAUAUAUUUAUAGCCCCAAAGCUAAGUGCUAGACUUUAGUUGCAGUCCUGCAGCCAGUCCUAUGUGCUUUAAUACCACUGAUUUUGGUAGGACUAGAGUGCAUAAACAGGUACAGGAUGGCAGCCUUAGAUGCAAUUUGUUUUACAGUCUUUCUGCAAAAAAAAAGUGAGAAAGAUUUGUACAAAAUGUACUAAGAGUAUCUCUAUGAUUUAGGGCUACUAUAUAA